ACGUUGCAACAAAUCCAGAAUUGUGGUUGUUUCUUCUGCGUUUUAGUCGAAAUAAAUCAACUCCUCACAGCUAGAGCUACUGUUAGUAAACAGUCAAAGAGGUGAUAAAAGCAGUGUGGGUGAACAGAGUGGUUUCGCAUGGAGGUAGAGGAGAUGGAAGAUGAAGGACCUUCGCUCCAGAGUGAACCUCCACACAGUGAAGAUCUCCAGUUGGCACAGCAGGAAUCGCUGUGUCUGGAGAGCUCGGCCCCUGUAGAGAACGUGUUUGUGGAUAAGAAAGCUGUGGACAAACUCACAGAAGGAUUACUCUCUCACUACCUACCAGAUCUACAGAACUCUAAACGAGCCCUCCAAGAGCUCACACAAAAUCAGCUGAUUCUGUUGGACACACUGGACCAAGAAGUCACCAAGUUCAGAGAAUGUAAUGCCUUAUUGGACCUCAACUCACUGUUUACAGAGGCGAAGGUUUACCACAAUAAACUUGUGAACAUAAGGAAAGAGAUGAUUAUGCUUCACGAAAAGACAACUAAACUAAAGAAGAGAGCUCUGAAGCUGCAGCAACAGAAGCAGAAGGAGGCGCUGGAGAAAGAGCAGCAACGUGAGAAGGAGCUUGAGAGAGAAAGACAACUUAUUGCCAAACCUGCGAAAAGAACUUAGGAUCAUCCCCAAGUAUGUCUGCCGUAGUAAUGGACCAUACAGGUGCUUUUGCAUGCUUUAGCCUAUUUAUUAAAUAUCAACUAUACAUUACAUUACUGCUGACCAUUUUCCAAAGCAAAGUAUUUUAGCUUUGUUUGGUUUUUUUAGAUAAUUUUUAGGGCAUUUUGCGUUUUAUUUGACACAACACAGUAGAAAAUCAGACAGGGAAAGUGAGAAAAGCGCCGUUUUUCCACCAGAUCCGAGUCACAAUUGUAUCAACUCUUCUGAUAUAGUAAUAAAAUCCACUUAAAACAUUCUUGGUACAUAUAAGCGAUCACAGUGAAAAUUAUGAAGUAGACAUGUUUUGUUUUUUACAGUACUUCAGUACUUUUUUGCUUAUUUCAAGCUGUUUUCUUGUUUUUGAUUGGAAUUUGGGGGUUAGAAAUCAAUUUCGGUCCAAGUUUACCACCUGAAAACCACAUUUAAAAAGUUUUGGGGGGACAGCUUCUGCAGAGAAAUGGUAUGAUUUUGUUAGAACGGGACUGAAAUAGCUUUAAACAUUUUUGGUUUGUCGUUGUUGACAACAGUAUUACAGAAAAGACUGUAAAUGUAUGAAAUAUCAUUAUCUGUAUUUCUGGUAGAUAUGCUUGACUUUAGGGAUGUGAGUUGUUAUCUGGUAGCUUGACUCCUACUGUUUAUUCACUUGUAUGAGACUUAUUCAUCUGUAUACCAACACUGCAGUAGUAAAAGAGAUGUUUGUUCAUUUGAAAAUAUAAGAUAGUCUUUAUUGAAGGAAAUGGAUUAAGAAAAAUCCAUUUGAAAAUAUUUAAGACUGAUAAGAGUAAUAUGCUUUGGAAAAUGGUUCACUUCAUAGAAAAUAUAUGUGGUUCUUAGUAAAUGGGCAAAAACGUGCAAAAAGUCAGGUAUGAUCCUUUUAGGUCAGACAUUGCCAAGAUCUCCACAAACCAAAGACAUGGACUAAAUCAUCAAAUGCUGGUAUGUCCCACUAUCAACCUCUGACAACACACACAAACUGGAGCACUUCCCUGAGAAGUGAACAAAUCACUCAAAGACACUUUUUCAGCCAUCAGACAAUGACCAGGAGGAGAAUCGACACCUUUGCCGUCUUUUGUAAAAGACAAAGUGUUUAUGUUGUUGUUUCGGGGCUUCAUGUCCUGUUAGUGUUGAAUGUUAUAAAACAGGUAAGUGUUUCGAAUCACAUAGGUCUGCACUAAAGUUAACUGACUGUAUUUUUUGGGGGCCCAGAUUAUAAUGUGUACCAAACUUUGCCCCAGCAUGUGUAAAUUGUUUAACAGACCUUUCAAGAGGCUUCUAUGCACUACUUAACGCCUAGAACUCCACUGUUUCUACAAUUAAUAAUAAAAGCAGCACAAACUGUUUUGUUUUAAAAUAA